AUGACCAUAAGGCACUCCAAGUACGGCGUUUGGGAUGUAUACGAAGAUCUCAAAGGCCUGCCUACUACGCCAGGACAUCAGUCAUGGAGUGUUAUUAUCCAGGCUCUACCUUAUGUGUGGCGUAUGAUCAAGGAGGUCGCCUCCAUUCGUGAAUGUUGGUUGCUGUUGGCUGUCUACCUGUCUCUUCUCCUGCUUUCAUCUAUCGUGCCCGCCAUUGCCCUCUCUUACUCUGGACAAUUACUGACAGUUGUUGAUUCUGCCGUUCAACAUAAAACUAUUGACCCUGCCCUCCUCAGCAACAUCAUCAUUGGCGCCUUCGUGUCCUCUUCUGCCACUCGGGUAUUAAGAUAUGCUAUUCAAAGGAUCGCGAAGCCCAUUAGAACCCACAUCAGGAUCUAUUACUCUGUCCACACCUUUCACGCCUACUCUCGACUCGACGUCCCUACUUUCGAUGACCCCGCGGUUCAACGUCAACUUCAGCAACCAUUUUCGCAUAUGUCCAUCGAGCCCCUAGCAUUCACCGUUAUUAGCGUCACCCUUAGAUCCAUUUCUACCGCUAUCCAACUCGUCACACAAUCCCUUGUUCUCUUCAAUCUACUGAGGGACCAGCCGGAUGGGCUGCUGUUGGCUUUCCUAUGCUCCCUCCUUGGAUUCCAUCAACGCCCCAAGUUUCACCUGGGAAAUCUCAAGAGCAAUUCUGUAUGGGUAGCUACCACGAAUGACGCAGACUACAUAAAGUCAGAGGGCUUGAAGCAGACGGUGACCGAUGCCACCCAUAGGAAAGAAAUUGUGGCCUCUGGAAUCGCGCCAUAUCUUCUGUCAGAGUAUCGAAAGGCUGUUUACCGCGUUUCGACGCGUGCAACUGAUUUCUACGCUGCUGUUAUGGACAACUCUGAUACCUAUGUCAUCUUCAAUUUCAUUUUCUUUCCCGAAAUUCUUCGAGCAUUACCAGAGAUUGUCUUUGCCGUUCGGGCACUUCGACAACCAGAAUCCAUUCCAUUGUCCCUUGCUUCUCUCAAUCUCAUCAAACAAACUACGACAUCUUUCACGAGUACCGCAUUUUCACUUAUGAAUGACACGCAAUCUAUCACAACAACAUUUGCUAGAGUAAUUCAAUUAUACGAGGUCGCCAGAAUACCCAAUCGCGUCAAAGUCGUCCCAACGGAGAAAACGAAAGAACAGCAAAAACUUGAUCAGGACGAUCCAAAUUUCGGUGUCCCCUUUCCAGAAAAUGACCAAACCCUGCGGUUGGGUAUCAGUGUCGAGUUUUGUCAAGUUAGUUUCAAGUACCCGGGCAGCGACACCUAUGCACUUCGCAACACCAGCUUCAAGAUCGAGCGAGGCCAACUUUGCGUAAUUGUAGGCACUAAUGGUUCCGGAAAGAGCACCAUUCUCAAACUCAUAGCUCGAUUAUAUGACCCAUCUGAAGGCAGGAUCCUUAUUGAUGGGAUAGACGUCAAGACUCUCCGUAUUGCCGACCUUAGACGCGCUAUAUCGGUCCUUUUUCAAGAUUACACACUCUUCCCUCUUUCCAUACGAGAGAACAUUGGUCUGGGUGAUCCAUAUCACUCCAACGACCUCUCUAAAAUACAGCACGCAGCUGAGCUGGGUGGUGCACAUACGUUCAUCGAUCGUUUGCCAGAAAAAUAUGAAACAUAUCUUGAACGGCCUGUACAAGACUAUUAUUCCGAAUUGCCGGAAGGGACAGAAAAUCCAUUCGGCAAUUUGGUCGAUUACAGUCGCGUCCGAGAAGCCGGCAAUAUCACCAGUGUAGAUGGCGGUGGUAGUGCUGGUAACCGAGGGCUCAGUGGAGGGCAGAUGCAAAGAAUUGCAUUAGCAAGGACGUUCAUGCGCUCUGUUGCAUCAGAGCAUAGCGUUGGACUUCUGCUCUUUGAUGAGCCAUCUGCAAGCUUGGAUCCAACAGCCGAACAUGAUCUUUUCGAGCGUUUGCGCAGGCUAAGGGGAAACAAAACAAUGAUUUUCUCCUCUCAUCGGUUUGGAAACCUAACUAGACAUGCCGAUCUUAUAUUGUAUAUGAAUGAUUCGAUAGUUUUGGAGGAAGGUACCCAUGACCAGCUCAUUCAGCAAGAUGGAGAAUAUGCCCGGAUAUGGAUGCUCCAGGCUCAAGCCUUUCUCUAA